AUGGCACCACUAACCCGUCUCCGCGCCACCUCAACACACAUCCCGCUCCCAAUCGCAGAAACAUACUACACCCAACGAGCCUCCAUCCCAGGAACGCUCCUCAUCGCCGAAGCAACCAUGAUCUCGCCCUCCGGGUCCGGCGUCCCGCACGCCCCAGGGAUCUGGACCCCGGAACAGAUCACCUGCUGGAAACGCGUGACCGACGCCGUGCACGCCAAAGGUAGCUACAUAAUCCUGCAACUCGUCGCCCUAGGACGCGCCGCGGACGCAGCCACCCUCAAGGCCGAAACAGGGCGGUCGGUGUCCGCGCCGAGCGCGAUCCCGAUGGCCUCAGGCGCGACGGUGCCCGUGGCGCUAUCAGAGGCGGAGAUCUGUGACCUGAUUCGCGAUUUUGCCACCGCGGGCAAGAAUGCCAUGAAGGCGGGGUUUGACGGCGUGGAGGUGCACGGCGCGAACGGGUACCUGGUGGAUCUGUUCACGCAAGACGUGAGUAAUCAGCGGACGGAUGGUUGGGGAGGAAGUAUUGAGAAGCGGGCACGGUUCGGGAUCGAGGUUGCAAGGGCGCUGAGCGAGGCGAUCGGGCCCGAGCGGGUCGGGUUCCGGAUCAGUCCGUGGAAUACGUGGCAGGGGAUGAAGAUGGCAGAGCCGGAGGGGCAGUUCACGUAUCUCGUGAGGAAGCUGAGGGAGCUGGGGCUGGGAUAUCUGCAUGUGAUCGAGUCGCGGGUCAUUAACAAUGUGGACUGCGAGAAGAGUGAAGGCAUCGAGCCGUUUUUGGAGGCGUGGGGACGUGAGAAGCCGGUUCUUGUGGCCGGAGGGUAUAAUCAGCAGAAUGCGGGCGAUGUCGAUACUGUGUAUCAGGAUAAUGAGGUCGGGGUUGUGUUUGGGAGGCAUUUCCUGGCGAAUCCGGAUCUUCCGUUCCGGUUGAAGAAUGGCAUUCCCUUGCAGAAGUAUGAUCGGGAAACGUUCUAUACUCCUAUGCAGGUUGAGGGAUAUCUGGAUUAUCCGUUUAGCGCGGAGUUUGAGGCGAGUUUGAAGAACUGA